AUGGUUUCUUUUACAUCUCUCGCUGUCACCCUUCUCGCGGCGACCAGCGCCCUCGCUGCUCCAUUCGACUUCCUUCACGAGCGCGAUGACGGCAACGCCACCGCUCUCCUCGAGAAACGUCAGACAACCGCCAACUCCGUAGGAACCCAUAAUGGAUACUUCUACUCCUGGUGGUCCGAUGGCGGUGGAUCUGCUCAGUACACCAUGGGUGAAGGUAGCAAGUACAGUGUCACCUGGAGAAACACCGGAAACUUCGUCGGCGGUAAGGGAUGGAACCCAGGAAAUGGACGAACCAUCAACUACGGCGGCUACUUCGCCCCCUCCGGAAACGGCUACUUGGCCGUCUACGGCUGGACCCGUAACCCUCUCGUAGAAUACUACGUCGUGGAAUCCUACGGUACUUACAACCCUAGCAGCGGUGGUACCUACAAGGGAACCGUUAACACCGACGGCGGUACUUACAACCUCUACCAAUCCACCCGUUACAACCAACCCUCCAUCGACGGAACCCAGACCUUUCAGCAGUAUUGGUCUGUCAGGACCAGCAAGAGAGUCGGUGGCAGCGUCAAUAUGCAAGCUCAUUUUAAUGCUUGGGCUAAUGCCGGCAUGAGACUUGGAAACCAUUAUUACCAGAUCGUGGCCACAGAGGGGUACCAGAGCAGUGGAAGCUCUGAGAUUUAUGUACAGACUAAGUAA